AUGCCUAACGUACUUGUUAUUGGACCCACUGGCUAUGUCGGCUCGGCUCUUAGCGAGCAGCUCAUUCGCAGCGGUGAUCAUUACGUCUACGCCGCCUCUCAGAGCGAGGAGGAAGGAUUCCGCCUUGCUACCAACGAAAUUAUCCCCCUCAAGGGAAGCCUUGUUUCGCCUCAAGCAGCGUUUGAACUCAUUAACUCAAACAAAAUCGAUGUUGUUGUGGAUACCACCAGCUAUAACGACAAGACAACCAAGUCGAGGCUACUAAGCAUCAUUGUGGAUGCUGAGAAGAUAAAACGAGAACAGCUCUCCAAGGGCAAACACCACAUUCAACCAAAACUAGGCUUUGUCACCGUGAGCGGAAUAUGGACUCAAGGAUCAACAGAGGAUCCUUACGGGAGCUUUCAGCAGAUGACUGCGGAAUCGCAAUCAGCGGUACCUGAAGAGGGCCUUAACGAGUCAAAGCUUCUGUAUGAACAAGAAGUUCUGGCGUCUAGGGCGAUUCUUGACGUCGCUAUCAUUCAGCCGUCGUUUAUUUGGGCUCGAGGAGGCGCCUCUUGGACUCGCAUCCUGGGCCCUCUGGUUGAAGGAGCGCGCACAGGAUUUACUGACGUGAUGAAAAUCGCCGUCGACCCUGAAGACCAGGUGUAUUGCUUCACCAACAUUGAUGAUGUAGCCGUUGCUAUUGAGCUAGCAGUGAACAAACUGCAGCUGAUUAAUGGAAACAGCGUACAUCCAGUUUUCGAGCUGGUAGGAGAUCAGUUUGCUGUUGGCUUGCUGUGUGAGCGCGACGCUCAUUAUUUUGGAUGCAAAGGAAAGGUAGAACUGCACAAGCCCGAGAAGACAGGCUUUUUGGACGUUAUUGGCGGUAACCGCAACGCCAACAGAACCAGGGCCGAGCAAAUUCUAGGGUGGUAUCCUAAGAAGCGAUACUUCUUGAGAGACACGUUUAUCUACGCCAACUCAUUCAUGGCAGCUUUGGCACUCGCCAAACGCAAGUAG